UGACAUCAUUUUUCUUGCUCCUGACACCUGACACCACUCGGCCGCAAGUGCAAAUCGGAGCUUCACAUGCUCACAAAACACAAAAUCCAAUCAUCCCAACCAUCCCAAUCAUCCAUACGGUUGGAACAUCAAUAACAUCAAAACCACCAAGCCAGUGGGUAGCAUAGCGAGGUUGUUGUUAUUGCAAGCUUACCUACAACUAAAUUAUAACUUUGCAAAUCAAUCGGAGAAGGAAAGAAUGCCUCCAAACAUCAAAUUUCCAUCUAACCUUGCCGACAUUGGAGAUGAGCUGAUUAAUGUUCCCAGAAGCAACAGUCAAGCACCCGCUCCUCCCCCCUUAACUGAAAAUGAAAAUGAAGGUGGCGAGGACACUUUCUUUUUGCAUGAUAUUGAAGAAAAUGUGGAUAUUGAAGCAUUGCAUCCUGCAACAGAAGAAAAAUAUCAUCAGGUGGCUCAAGAAAAUAAUGCAGACGAGCAAUCUCAGAGUCACCAUCAGCAUGAUCAUGAACAUCAUCACCAUCACGCAGCUCGUCGAGUGAUCAAGCACUUGGCCAGUCAGAUUGACGACCCAGAUGAGCUGAAUCUCGACGAGCAGAGACUGGCAAGAGCGGUUCGUGAUGCUGGUGAAUUCAGCUUUGGUGUCGUUGCCUGCGAAGUUUGGGCGCUCGAAGAUGACAAGCUGGUGAGACUCAACAGUGGAUGGUGGCACAACACGAUCGUCUAUCAGAAUAACAUGGCUCUGGAGGAUCUAGCCACAGAGCAGCCAAACCCCAUCACGCUAGGAGUUGACUUGCCUGGGAUUUUGUGGGCAGAAACUGUCCAACAGGGCACCAGUGCUCCACCCCUACCUCACAACACGCAAGCAAUCAUCAAGCCAUCGGGUAGCAGUGGCUUCUUUGCACAUACUUUUCCAUCGGUAGAGAAUUUUAUGCAUCUUCACACACCAAGCACUAACAGUUACAGUAACCCCCAUGCGUUGACCUGGCGAGACUUGGUUUCCAUACAAGAAGACCCAGAUUCCGCCAAGACAGAUCGCCUUGGCAAACUCAUCGAAGCUGGGCUAUGUGCUGCCACUGGGGUCCCCUAUCACGUGAGAGAUCACCGUGGAAUCGUGAUUUACUAUGCAAGAUCCCACAAGACGACGCAUCUGCUCUCAAACCUAGCUAACGAUGCAUACUUGAGAGCAUCAGCGGAGAUGAUUGGUCACACAGCAGCUUUCGCAGAAAUGCGACGGGCCAGUGUGGAAUCUCGACGACGACAAACUCUGGACGCAUCUGAUAGGUUCAAACGAAACUUACUAGACUUUCACAAGAACGUGCAAGAAGGAAAUGCAUCAAACGACGUGAACGUUGCGGAUACGGGAAAGUUAGACGUUUGGGACCGGGAAGAAGGUAAAGAAAGUUCCAGUAAAGGGACCGAUGAAAUCUCUUUGGAUGACAUGUCACCGCCCGACGAGACCAAGUGGAGCAAAGUACUUCAUGCCUUGCGAAUUUGGUCUCACAAAUGGCGAGGGGGGGAUCUACAAGUGCCACCCGCAAUGACGCUGCGCCAGACUCUGUGGACCAUUCUCGGUGCGUUCUGUGGGCUCCUAGUUCUCUCCUCGUUGAACGAGUACUACAAGAUUCUUUCCGAUGAAGACUACUACCUCUUGAUCGGUCCAUUCGGAGCAUUGAUGACACUGCAGUAUGGGCUUACUGCUGCUCCAGCAUCGCAGCCACGAAACGCAAUUCUGGGUCAGGCUGUAUCAGGCGCCAUUUCUUUGGCGUUCACGUACAUUCCAGAGUCCAUCCUUGCAACUUGGCUUCGAAGAGCCGUGGGACCAGCAAUUGCGAUCGGUGCCAUGGUUAAGCUCGGGGUGACGCAUCCACCGGCCGGAGCCCAUGCAGUUCUCUACGCCAGUGGCAAGUAUAACUUUGGCUUUUACGCCCUGGUAGUGCUGAGCUCAGCGAUUUCUGUGAUUCCAGCCACGUUGGUGAACAAUUUGAGCAGUAAGCGCCAAUAUCCAACCUAUUGGACGUUGAUCCCAUGGAACCAAAAGACAGAAAAGUAAAAUACUAGCUAGGGAUCUGCAACCAAUUCGACACAUUUGAAUUUCUCAAAGCUUCACAGGACCAACCUCACCUAGCUAGCUAGCAACUAGACAACACCGUAAAGUCCUUGCCCCUGAAGGUGUCAAGCCCACAGGCAGCAUCCUGGAACCAAAGCGUGCUUACUCUUCUUCCUGCUCCUCCGCCUGCUCCUCGGGCUCCUCAGCCUGCUCCUCUUCCUCCUCCUCUUCUUCUUC